AUGGAAAGCUCUUUCCAAGGCCAUACUCCAACUCCCAAUCUCACCCAAUCCUUCCAUCCUUCACCUCCCUCUGCAUCUUACACUGCUUUCACACCAUCUUCCCAUUCCUCCUCCGCAUGGUUUGCAGACUCUGGCGCAGCUAACCACCUCACCAAUAAUCUCAGCAACUACAGCUUCACUCUUAUUAUUCUUGACUAG